AUGCAUCUACCCAUUUUUUGGCUAAACAUUCGCAAUUCACCCAAAUUGGGGUUACUUUCAGUUGGUUCAAGCGAAUGGACUUACCGACUGAGCCUUGCUCCUCAUUCUUUCGUCCAACGGGUGACUCAGCGACUUGGCCCUAACUUGGUUCUCCGCCUCAUGUCGGCUCGCCUGGGUUCGUUUCGGACUAGGUCUUUCUCUCUCAACACUCUUCUGACCCUUCUUACUGAAGCCCUCGGGGAGGUCGAGGUACAGAGGUUCAUACAUGCUGUCCUCUUCGAUGCGUUCCGCCUCCAUUCCACUUUUGUCCGUCCUCCCGAACGGUUGUCUUCAUUCGUUCCGGCUGUCCGACGCCUCCUGCUCCUCUCAAAUGCUCUGCACUUGCAGGUUGUCUCGUUCCCCUUCAGAUGGCUUGGUACAACUCAAAUUGCUUUCGCAAUUCGGUCGUGUUAUCAGGGCGGCUUAGUCGGACGCACUUUGUCUGGAGUCCUCUGCUAAAUUGCUGCCCCUUCACAUGUCGCCUCGACCGAGGCGACACGACAUGUCCGAUCAGCCCUACCCCGCGUCGCUCGGGCCUCGACGUUGCGCAUCCUCGGCCCUUUUCCUCGUCGGUCGCCACCGCAUCGAGCCCGGGUCUCCUGCCACGUUCCUAUCGUCUACUCGAAUCCCCGGCAUUCUUCACCUGUCCUGUCGUCGGAGCCCAAGAGCCCCGAGGCCGACUGGUUGUCGGACAAGCCCCGACGCCUGACGACCCCUUCGCCGUGGGAGCUGGAGCGGCGGUAUCGCAUUCUACAGCAUAGCUCGAGCGUCAUCAUACGCCCGCUUUACGCCUCAAGCGUGUUCUCUUCAUUCGAGUCUGACCGAGAGCGGACUGAGGCUCAUGCUCCGCCUCUUUCAGUCGCAUCCUCUCUUUCGUCUCCUUCUGCCAGGCCCGGCAACACCAUCACAUUCUCUUCUCCGGCGCACCCUUCUGCC